UUGAAUAAUAAUUUAGCCGUCAAUAAGAUGACCAACAUGAUGACCUUUGACCUGACGACGACGACCUCCUCCUCCGACCUGGACGAUUCGUCACGCUGCACACGCAUUUUUUAAUUGUCAGAGGAUAUUUUCAACACCGCGAAGCUGGAUGAAAAUGCAGAGCUAAUGGUGAAUGGAUCUGGUUAAGUGUUAGUGGCUCCUCCCUCUCUGCAUUGUCUCUUCAUCUGUUACUUUCUACCAUAAUCAACCAGCAGAAGCAGCUCAUUGUCAGCUCAAUACAAGUGUCACUUUCACAAAAACUGAAAGGACAAAUAAUCACCACAGGAGCAUCCAGUGUCCAUCCAAGACACAAGAAAUGGUUUAUACUGGAACAUCAAGCAAUAGGACAUUCCAGCUGGAAAUGAGCCAGUUUCCAUGGGAAAUGGAUGAAUUGAAUUUGACAUUUCUGGAAAAAAUUCUUUGUGGAUCCACAUUUGAAACUGUGGUUAUAUGGAUUAUUUUCUCCAUUGAGUUUCUUGUCAUGUCCUUGGCAUUCUAUGGAUUGUGCCGUCUGAUCAGCCCUAACCAUCCUGUUCCUGUAUUUAUCAUAAACCUCUUUAUCACUGAUGUUAUACAUAUUUGUUUCAGACCUAUCCUAAAUGUUUGUACAUUCAGUGUUGUAAUUGCAUUCAUCUACUACAUUUAUUCCUUGAGCAUAAUAGUUAAUGUUGGCUUCAUGGUGUGUAUAUCUGUGGAAAGAUACAUAAUGAUCAAAUACCCUGUUUGGUACCGACUUCAUAAUACUUCUCAAAAUUUGUCUCUUAUAUGCUUGUUGGUUUGGGCAAUAUCAUGUGGAAUAAUUGUGAUUGAUGUGAUUAUUGCACUUCACGGGAAUGUGGCACAUGCAUUUUUUGUAAUUGUAUUUGUUCUAUUGAUACCAUAUCCACUGGUUAUGUUUUCCUUUGUGGGAUCAUGGAAGGCACUGUCUCAUUCAGUAGCAAUAACCCCUAAUGAACAGAAGAAGAUUUUGGGGAUUCUGGCCCUUGUACUUUUCAGUUACACUGUGUUGUUUAUGCCAGUCAUUGUUCAAGGCAUUAUUAUGAUGUUUUCCUUUGAACAGGGUCUAAGACUUAUUGGUUAUUUAUUAUCAGUGUCAGGAAUCUUGGUGUAUUUAAAUCCACUCGCUGACUCUUUUCUGUAUGUUUUCUUAAGGAGAGAUGCUAACAGCAUGUUUAAAUGUUUAUGUUGUGAGAAGCUACAUGAAAAUCAGAUAGAAAACUCCUCCAAUUCUUUAUCUAGGAGGGGUGAAGUGCAAAUCAGUAUAAUAGCAUACAGAGAAACCACUGAGUUGGAAUCUAAUUGUAAUUUCAACUAAUUGUAGAAAUUAAUUGUAAUAAUCCAGUGAGGUUUUUUGUAUGCACAAUGAGUCUGACUACAGCAAGUGCUCCACACAGGGAUCUGAUCUCACCAUCAUCCAAUCCAUCUGGGAUAACGUGAAAAAAAGAAACAACUGAGGCAGGCUAAAUCCAGAAGAACUGUGACAACAUCUACAAAACACUUGUAUUUGUGCGUUAACUAAUGAGACUGUAUUGUACUAUUAGGCUACCUACUGUUCUUUAUAAUUCUUUUGCAGUUUGAAACAUUUAUUUAGUGUAUUUAGAUGUCCAGUUCUUCUGUUAUAUUAAA